UCACCACCACACCCUCAACCUUCCGCUAAUAAUGAGCCAAAAGUUUCGUUUAAAAUGGACACUAACAAGCCAAAGUCCAAUGAUCAUGAGCUGAUUAGAUUAGGUGAGCAAAUGGACAGAUGGUGUUCUGAUUUGAAAAGGAACGUAUUAGCUGAAUUUGAACAAGCUCAGAUAAGAUCAAGAGAAGAACAAAAAGCAGCUACUCUUCAAGAAAUUAAUGAUUUAGUGUCUCAGAAUCGGCUGCUUCAGUCACAAAUCAAUAGAAUUAAUGGACUUUUGACAACUUACCAGUUGUCAAUUAACAAAAAAGAUGAAAUCAUCCAGCGGUUAACUAAAUCUCUGCAGAAACAAAAAGACCGAAUUGGUUUAGCUAGAUCAUUUUCAAUGUGGAGGGGGCAGCACAAUGAUGAAAAAAGAGAAAUAUUUACUAGUACUUUGGCUGUAAAGCAUUAUAAUUAUAAACUAAAGAGAAAAGCAUUGCAGAAAUGGUUUGGAAUUAUACAAAAUAAAUGGAGAGAGAGAGUACAGAGAGCUUGUCAAGUAAGAGCAGAGGAAGUAUGCCAGAAACUUAAAGCAAGUCACACCAAAGAAAUAAAGACAUUUGAGAAGUUGUUGGAGGAGAGAGAGGAGGAACUGAGCAGACUUUAUAAAGAAAGAGAUUCAUUCGAAGAAAAUUUGAAGAAAGCUUUCAUGAGAGGAGUAUGUGCUUUGAACAAGGAGGCAAUGACUAUGUUUAAUAAAGAACAACUGGGAGAUUGUGGUUACCAUGGCAACCAGACAGUUCCUCCUCCUCCUCCUCCUGUUAAAGAAGGAGGAAAGUCAAGAGAACCAAAAGUUAUGAUUGAGAAGCACUUGCACUAAAAUAUCACUUACUAGUAUAUAAACUACUAUUAUCAUUAUAUUAAAAUUAAUUAAUCUA